ACUAAAGUAAAGGAUAUUGAAACCACACCCGAGCAUCAUGAACUAGCUGAGAAGGAGAAUGCUGAUGCACAGAAACCUCCAAAGGCCACGCCACCGGUGGUUACUGAGGUCGAUCCUGUGAAGCUGAAAGAGAUGAAAAGAGGAGGAGAUUGCUAAAGCUAAGCAGGCUAUGGAGAGGAAGAAGAAGCUGGCGGAGAAAAAUGCUGCCAAAGCAGCUAUUAAAGCACAAAAGGAAGCUGAAAAGAAACUCAAGGAACGGGAAAGGAAGGCAAGGAAGAAAGCUGCUGCAUCUACUCCCGCUACUGAUUCGGAUGAAGCGGCUCAAUUACCUGAAGAAUCUGUAGAAAAUGAGAAGGUGGAUUCAGGUGUCGAGGCUGUUCUUCCUGCGAAGGAGAAGCCCAUCAAGGAGAAUCCGGUCAGAAACAGGAUCCGUCCAAAAGGUGGUGCAGAAUCGCUCCCGAAGGCAAUACUCAAGAGGAAGAAGUCGAGCAACUAUUGGAUUUAUGUUGCUCCGGUUGCUCUCGCAGUUGUUCUAUUGCUACUAGUGUUAGGAUACUACUAUACUUACUGAAGUAGCGAUACCGCUAGCAAGUAUAGUGAUGGACAUCCGGUUUCAUAGAUCUGUAGUAGCAACUUUGAGGUAAUUUUGUUUGUCCCCCUGGGGGAUCGACUAGAAUGUCAUAACCGCCGAGCGACUCAGUCUCUUCAAAUUUUGACUAUAGUGGACUAUACCCGUUUCUGUGAAAUCGCUCCCCGUUUUCAGGCAACUUUUAGUUGUUGAAGACCAUGUUGUAUGUACCUUUUGUUGACAUUUUGCUGGUGAUUUGGUAGUGCAAGUACUGGACUGCCUGUGAA